AUGAUAUCUCCUCAAGACGUGCCAAUAAUUCAAGACAGAAUUUACGACUCCGAGAAGUUGGCUAAUGCUCUUGUCAACCACAUCACCAAUGAGAAGGGAGAGAUUUUGGCUAGAGUUUGGGAAAACAAAGGCUUCUAGGAGAUCUACGACUACAAAGGAGUGGAACUAACAAGACGCCGCCUCAAGAGAAAGCAAGAACAAGUUUUUAAUAGAUUCGAUGCCUCAACUCACUUAUUCUAAAAAGUUUACUACAACCCAGAACUCCUCGCAUAGGAUGAAGUAUAACUUAGAGAGACCUUCAUUAAGUACAACAAUAUUCACGAUCAAACUUAAAACUUCCUAAGAGGCGCAUUUUUCUUGGGUUACUGGCCUUUGACUUAUGUCGUUGCAAGGAAAAUUAGCCCUGCAGGAGUAUUUUUAUACUCUCUUGCUUACUUAGGAGCAUACAAAUAUGGAGCUAAAGCUUUCGCACUCGGCACUCUAUAGGGAAAUCUAAAUAGACAUGCUGAAGAUCUAGCCAAAAAGUACGGCAUCAAAAAGCCAGAUGAAUACGCUCAAUGA